UAACAGUAAUUCCCACCCCUCGACUGAAUGCCUCGGAGUUUCUUGAUGGCGAUAGAUAUGCAGAUGUGUCAGAGUCUGAUGAUGGAAGUUGAGUAAGCUGCACUGUAGCUUUCUAGAAAUAAAGAGAAAAAAGAAAGGAUAUAACAGAUAACUGCAAAAAUGGAUGAGUCAUUUGAUCCACUCAAGUGUAACGAGGACCUGCCUUCCUCACCUGGAUGCCACAUGGAUUAUGAUGACAUGCCUGAACUGCAGGAGGUGGAGGAGGACCAGAGGUCCCAGGGUUUAUUUCAGGUGGGAGCAGUGUUUCACCAGGAGCUCAGCUGCUCCCCGAACACCAACUGGCUCGCUGAGUUGGCCAAAAUUGCCACCAGUCCUCAGAGCCCUCUGCUGAAGGAUGCCCCACACAAGAGAUCAUCUCCAGUUCAUAUAUUUGGCAACAGUAAUAGUUUACAUUCCUAUGCCCGGCCCCCAUUAGCCAGCAGCGCACCCAACCCGUCCAGAGGCCACCUCAGGGAGCGCAGGCGUGUCAGGGCCAGCAGUGAAUCGGAGUCUGGUGUUUUCUCAAUGUCUUCGUCGUUUUCUGAUGAUGAAGAUAUGGCCUGGUCUCACUCCUGGCCCUCCACGGCCUGGCAUUGCUUCCUGAAAGGAACUCGCCUGCGCUUCCAUCGGGGUCCUAAUGUGGAGUGGCAGGAAGCUGAUGAACUCGGGGAUUCAGAUGAUGACUCGGAUGAUGAAACCAUGAUGCCAUCCUCAUUUUCUCUCAAGAGAUAUGGCUCAGAUGGACUUAAGUUGGUGAACCAUGAAGAGACAAUAUCUUUUGGCCAGGCAGUUCUUAAGCUGACCUUUGACCCAGGAUCACCAGAUAAGGGCCUUCUAACAGCCGAGUGCCGAUUGGAUCACCCAUUUUUUGUCAAAAACAAAGGGUGGUCUUCCUUUUACCCAAGCCUUACUGUGGUGCACCAUGGGAUUCCUUGCUAUGAGAUGCAGCUGGGAGACGUGUGCCUGCCACCGAACCACCCAGAUGCUAUUAACUGUGAUGACUCAGUUGUCUUUGACACUUUCAGAAGCUAUGACUUCACCCCUCUAGAUUCCUCAGCAGUAUAUGUUCUAAGCAGCAUGGCUCGCCAGCGCAGGGCCUCCCUGUCCAGUGGGGGUGCUGUCAGCCCAGACUGUGAUAAACUUGAGCGUUCCUGCUCCCCACAAUCCUCCAGUAGCAAAUCAAACCGGAGCCACAACUCAGGGACAGCUAGUGGUGCCACACCUACAAAAUGCAAGCGGCCAAUGAAUGCCUUCAUGCUUUUCGCCAAGAAGUACAGAGUGGAGUACACGCAGAUGUAUCCUGGGAAGGACAACAGAGCCAUUAGUGUCAUCCUGGGUGACAAGUGGAAGAAGAUGAAGAGUGAGGAGAGGAGGAUGUACACCAUGGAGGCCAAGGCUUUGGCUGAGGAGCAGAAAAGACUCAAUCCAGACUGCUGGAAACGUAAACGAACCAAUUCAGGUUCCCAGCAGUAGAUAACCCCCCCAAGAAUCCUCAGCUGCUGGUGUUUUAGCAUGCAGAGGUGCUGAACAGUGAUGGACCGCUUGAUGCCUCUUCGCUCUCCUGUAAUCUUGAGACUCAACUGUGAUGCUGAAUUCACUCGCUUUUGUAACCUUAAAAUAUUAUUACAGAAUCAUAAAAUAUAUACGAAAAAUGUAAUCUAGUCACUAACAGUGCAUAUAUUUUCUUAUAUAUGUCAAAGAUGUCUUAUUCCCCUUAAAAAAAUGAAAACCUCAUACACGUCAGGUCAUUUUUUUUUUAUUCAUUGGUGGAGAAAAAAUUGAGAGCUUGUGGUGCUAUGCUUCAGCAUAGAAGGAGCAACAAGCAGCAAUUUAUAAUAAUAUAAGGGGAAUUUUUUUAAUAGCUUUUUUACAACUGUUCAUAUUGAUAUUGUUAAGAUUCGAUAUAUUGCACAGAUUGGUAACCCUUUCAUGCCUUUCAUUUGUAUUUCAAUGUAUAUUCUGCCACUGACCUAUGGUCUACAGUCAGUGAUUUUUUUUUCCCUGCCAACCACCUCUAACCCUCUUUCAGCAUGUGGGGGUGGAUUUACACUUGGUCACAAAGCACUUCAGCCCUUCUCUGUAAGUGCUUAUAUCUUCUGCACUUUAUAUAGAUAAUGUAAUCUAAUCCUAUACAGCCACUGUAUACAUGGUGGAGACAGUUUGUAUAACACAUCAAGUAUCUUGAUAGUUAGCCAUUUGACACAAUCAUGGCCCUGCAGCCAUGCUCCGCUUUCAGGUUGCUAUUGAAUUUUAAGUGCUUUGUUCAUAAUGUACAGGUUUCACAGCACCAACAACCUCUUGCACAGAGUAUCCUUGUAUUAUAUUAUAAAUAAUUUUGUAAACUUCUCA